UUAACUUUUUAAAAAUAGUUUACAUCUUGCUUUCAUUUCUAAUACAUAAAUAAUUUGAAUCUUGGUUUUCUGUUUUGCGCUCAUGUAAAAAAACUACCGAUACAUUACACUCGAGACAUCGAUAACAGAAAAGAAUGCAGAAUAUCGUUUGUAUCCAGCUCUAAGCAACAAAAACUCUAGUGAAAAGUCGGCAGAGAAAUGCAACGCCAAAUUAACUAAAUUUGCAGCGAAAAACAACACAAAUCCAUAUAAAAAGCACACACAAUAGAGCCACAAAAGGAGCACAGUUUACUCAAACAACUGGCAAAAGAAUUCAGCGACUAACGGUGGCUGGGAACAUUUAAAUGGCCAAUGGCAAUGGGAACAAUAUCAAUACGGACGAUGGUGCCGCUGCUGCCAAUGCAGCCACAGCAGCACAGGAGCAACAGCACUUGACCGGCGAUGGUAACGGUGCCUGCGGCGAUGCCAAACUGCCGGCAGGUGCACGCAGCGACAAUGUCAACGAUCUGGUUGCGGAUUUAUGGCUAAAUGGCAGCGCCGGCAGCACUAGUCGCGGUGAUUACACAAAUAUACGAGCUACAACUGGCUCGGUGGCAACCAUGAUUGCCACAGCAAUGGCCACAGCAACAACGACAGCGCCGCCAAUAACGUCAACAGCGAGUUCAACAAACAGCACGAAUGCCACCGCCUCUUCCUCCUCCACAUCUACAUUUUCCUUCAAGCACUUUCUCAACAGCAGCGGCACAAUAACUGCUCCAAGCAGCACAGUCACGUCCCUUGAUGCGACGGGCAGCUCGAGUGUUUGCAGCAGUAGCAGUAACACAAAUCCAAGUUCAAGUGCAACCGCCGCGCUGCAAACGUCAACGGGCGCAAGGCCUAAGGUACCGCAAUCUGCAUCUGUUAGCCAUAUGCAGCCGGAUUUAAAUGGCAGCGCCGCUUCCAAGAUGAAGCGUUCGCCACGUUUCAGCUCCUUCGACUCGCAGGCGAGUCUUGCCGAGUAUGCAGCAUGUGGCGCCAGUGGCUCCGGUUCGAGUCGGCUGCGACCGGAUCUACGGCUGGAAGUGGAGCGCAGUGGCAUUGUGCUAGACGACGAUGAUGACUACGAGCACUUGGGCUUGGCCCAGGUGCGUAACAGUCGCCUCUACGACGACCGUGUCGAUGAUGAUAUCUUUCCAUCAUCAGCCUCGAGUCUGCAUGCAGCGGCCAGCAAUUCGCGUUAUGUGCCGCGCUCCUAUUCCAGCUACGAUAUGCCGCCACAUGCUGCAUGCGCUGCCGCUGCUGCAUCGCCUCGUCGUCGACCUGCUCUGCGUCCGAAUCGCUUGGUUCUGGCCUCGCCUUCGCCCAAAAUGAAGCUCGAUCUGCCGCUGGACACGUCGAACGUGGCUGGCGCGGCAUCAGCUCUGCCCGAUUUUGUGCAGGAUCAUUUGCCGGACUCGUGGUGCCAGGAGGCGCAUCUAAGCUCGCCGCCCAAUUCGCCAUUAGGUGCUGCCGAGGCGCCCAGUUGCAGCGUUGCCAUGGGCGGCGGCGCUGCUCUGCUCUUGCCCGCUGCCGUAGCCGCUGGCCUGUCCGGCGCUUCAACGAUGCAAUCAGCUAGCGAUGCGUCUGGUUCUACGGUUAAAAUGCUGCCCGAUUUUCUGUCUGACGGUCCCAUUCUGCACUCCUCGCAGCGUAUGGCGGAUGUGGCCAUCGGACUGCCCUCGAAUUCCAUAGAUUCACCACCCCAGGAAGCGGAUGGAGGUGUGUCCUGCACGCUGCGCCAGGAGAACGAGCGUCUGCUGCGCGAGAUGCAAGAGAUGCGCGUAGAACUGAAUGUGCAAACGCGUCGUGCCCAAGACUAUGAGCAACAGCUGCUGGCAGUGGGCGAUGCGCGACGACGCGAAACACUAGCGGCUACAGCACAAACACAAAAUACGCAACGCUUGCGCAGACAAGUGGCUCAGCUGGAGGCUGAGCUGUUUGAGCUGCGCCACAGUAGUGAUCAGCUAACGGCUGGAGCAGCAGGCGCUGCGGGAGCAGCAGCUGUCGGUGGUGCUUCUGUCAUGACACCAGGCAGCAGCCACAGCAGCAGCAGCAGCACAUCGCGUCCGUCCAGAACGCAACAAUUGUCGCGUGAUUUACUGCGAGCUGCGGACAAUGCUGAACAGAACUUGAGGCAAUUGCUGGCUGGCGUGGAUAAUCUGCGUCAAAUGGCGGCCAGCUUGGAGCCGCCUACAGCGGCAGCAGCCACGCCCCGCAGCCCCAAUUCGGAUCAGUACGCCGACUUUAACUAGCAACUUUAUUUUUGGGUACAGCUGUUGUUGUUGAUGAUGAAGAUGCUGUGUGUGCAUGCGUGUGUGUGUCUGUAUGCUUUUUACUCGAAAACCAUUCAGUUUUGUUAUUCGUAAGCCGCCCAACCAACACCACCUAGCGCUUGUUUUUAGCAACCGAAAAACCUUUUUAUAUCGAGCUAUAAAUAUAUACAUAUGCAUAUAAAUAUCUAUAUACAAAUAACUCGUGGCAUCUGUAGGGGAUUCGAAUGACGAUUGGAGGAGCAUCAAAGCGCAGACUUGUGAUGUUGAUUGAAAU